ACAAAACAAAAAAAACAAAAAAGAUAUCGCUGAUCAAUGGCGGAGAAUAAGGUAAAUCUGUCGAUUAAUGGACAAUCAAAAGUGCCUCCAGGUUUCAGAUUCCAUCCCACUGAAGAAGAACUUCUCCAUUACUAUCUCCGCAAGAAAGUUCACUCUCAAAAGAUCGAUCUUGAUGUCAUUCGUGAAGUAGAUCUCAACAAGCUUGAGCCUUGGGAUAUUCUAGAGGAAUGUAGAAUCGGUUCGACGCCGCAGAACGACUGGUACUUCUUCAGCCACAAGGACAAGAAGUAUCCAACAGGGACUAGGACAAACCGGGCAACUGUCGCAGGUUUCUGGAAAGCUACUGGUCGUGACAAGAUCAUCUACAGUUGUGUCCGGAGGAUUGGAUUGAGGAAGACACUUGUGUUCUACAAAGGAAGAGCUCCUCACGGUCAGAAAUCCGAUUGGAUCAUGCAUGAAUAUCGCCUCGACGAUACAACUAAUGGAUCUUCUGAUGUUGUAACUGAAGAUCCGAUGAGCUAUAAUGAAGAAGGUUGGGUGGUAUGUCGAGUGUUCAGAAAGAAGAACUAUCAAAAGAUCGACGAUUGUCCUAAAACCACACUAUCAUCUUCACCUGAUGAUGACACGGAGGAAAAGAAAAGGACCGUAUCUUCUUCACUAGACCGUGUUCUUCUCUACAUGGACCGUACCGGUUCUAACAUUUGCAUGCCGGAAAGCCAAACGACGAUCAAAACUCAAAAUCAAGACGAUCUCUUAUUCAUGCAACUCCCAAAUCUUGAGACGACAACCAAAUUAGUUACCCCGGUAGACCAAAGCUUCAUGAUUCCGAAUUCCUUUCCGGUUCAAGAAAAGAUAACCGGCAGGCCGGUUUGUAGUAACUGGGCUAGUCUUGACCGGCUUGUGGCUUGGCAAUUGAACAAUGGUCAUCAUGAUACUUGUGAUCGUUCGAGUUUUGAUGAAGAAGAAGAAGACGGUGAUACUAUGAUGCAGAGAUGGGAUCUUCAUUGGAAUAAUGAUCAGGAUAAUGUCGAUCUUUGGAGUAGUUUCACUGAGUCUUCUUCGUCUCCUUCGUCUUUAGACCCUCUUCUUCAUUUAUCUGUAUGAUUAUAUAUAUACACGUAUUACGUAUACGUACGUAAACACACAUAUACACAAGAUGAUAAAAAAAAAAU